GGCGGGCGCCCCCGGGCCCCCGCGCGCGCCCCGGCCUCCGGGAGACUGGCGCAUGCCACGGAGCGCCCCUCGGGCCGCCGCCGCUCCUGCCCGGGCCCCUGCUGCUGCUGCUGUCGCCUGCGCCUGCUGCCCCAACUCGGCGCCCGACUUCUUCAUGGUGUGCGGAGGUCAUGUUCGCUCCUUAGCCGGCAAACGACUUUUCUCCUCGCCUCCUCGCCCCGCAUGUUCAGGACCAAACGAUCUGCGCUCGUCCGGCGUCUCUGGAGGAGCCGUGCGCCCGGCGGCGAGGACGAGGAGGAGGGCGCGGGGGGAGGCGGAGGAGGAGGCGAGCUGCGGGGAGAAGGGGCGACGGACGGCCGGGCGCAUGGGGCCGGUGGCGGCGGCGCGGGCAGGGCUGGCUGCUGCCUGGGCAAGGCGGUCAGAGGUGCCAAAGGUCACCACCAUCCCCACCCCCCAGCCACGGGCGCCGGCGCGGCCGGGGGCGCCGAGGCGGAUCUGAAGGCGCUCACGCACUCGGUGCUCAAGAAACUGAAGGAACGGCAGUUGGAGCUGCUGCUCCAGGCCGUGGAGUCCCGCGGCGGUACGCGCACCGCGUGCCUCCUGCUGCCCGGUCGCCUGGACUGCAGGCUGGGCCUGGGGGCGCCCGCCGGCUCGCAGCCCGCGCAGCCGCCCUCGUCCUACUCGCUCCCCCUCCUGCUGUGCAAAGUGUUCAGGUGGCCGGAUCUCAGGCAUUCCUCGGAAGUCAAGAGGCUGUGUUGCUGUGAAUCUUACGGGAAGAUCAACCCCGAGCUGGUGUGCUGCAACCCCCAUCACCUUAGCCGACUCUGCGAACUAGAGUCUCCCCCUCCUCCUUACUCCAGAUACCCGAUGGAUUUUCUCAAACCAACUGCAGACUGUCCAGAUGCUGUGCCUUCCUCCGCUGAAACAGGGGGAACGAAUUAUCUGGCCCCUGGGGGGCUUUCAGAUUCCCAACUUCUUCUGGAGCCUGGGGAUCGGUCACACUGGUGCGUGGUGGCAUACUGGGAGGAGAAGACGAGAGUGGGGAGGCUCUACUGUGUCCAGGAGCCCUCCCUGGACAUCUUCUAUGAUCUACCUCAGGGGAAUGGCUUUUGCCUCGGACAGCUCAAUUCGGACAACAAGAGUCAGCUGGUGCAGAAAGUGCGGAGCAAAAUCGGCUGUGGCAUCCAGCUCACGCGGGAAGUGGAUGGCGUGUGGGUGUACAACCGCAGCAGUUACCCCAUCUUCAUCAAGUCAGCCACACUGGACAACCCGGACUCCAGGACGCUGUUGGUGCACAAAGUGUUCCCCGGUUUCUCCAUCAAGGCUUUUGACUACGAGAAAGCGUACAGCCUGCAGCGGCCCAACGACCAUGAAUUCAUGCAGCAGCCGUGGACUGGCUUCACUGUGCAGAUUAGCUUUGUGAAGGGCUGGGGCCAGUGCUACACCCGCCAGUUCAUCAGCAGCUGCCCGUGCUGGCUGGAGGUCAUUUUCAACAGCCGGUAGCCUCGUGGGGAGAGGACGGAGCGGGAGCCGAGCGGGCCCAGUCCAAACUACUUUGCUGCUAAUACUUCCCUCCCGAGUGCUUGCUUUUCACGCAGACUCUUUCGUCGUCGUGUGUCCCCGGCCCCCGCCCCCCCGCCCCCCCACCGUUCUGGUCCUCGUUUCUGUUCUGUUUCGUUUUGUUCUUUGAGAAAUAGCUUAUGAAAAGAGUUGUUGGGGUUUUGGGGGGAGGGCGGGGUAUGGCUGGCCGAGCACACCCCAGGAUGAAAAGGGGAAGCAACAGUGAGCACCCAGCAAAACACAGUGGAAGAACGGGGAGCAGCCCCUGACUUUGGGGUCCUUGUUUUCCCUCGUCAGGGCGCAUGUGUGAGUGAGUGUGCGUCCGUGUGCGCGCGUGUCUUACGGUGACUGCUGAGAGGCCUGCGCCCCCAAGCUGUGUGUCGCCUGCCCUUUGGACAUAUGCUCAGUGGGGCAGAGGCCGUACCUGGGCAAGCUGGCAGCUGGGGUUUGGACAGCUGCCAGAAGCCAGGCUCUGCCCCUCCUCCCCGCCCCCGGGGAAGCCUCCCUGCCCCACCUCUCCCCUCCUAGGACACGGGCCUGUCUGCAGGCUUCUUAGAAGCAACCCUGCAAAGAGGCUGAAUCAGAAACCAGUUGUUUCCUGCUUGUCCUAACUCCCCCCCAGCCACCCUGCUGUCCUUGUCACGUCUUUCUUUUUUGGCCAUCUGCUCCUGGAUAUCUCUUGAGACGGGCUUCCCGAGGGCUGCCGGGGGCCACCCUGGCACAGUAUUGCCCACCCAGCAUCCUCCCAAACCCCUCAGCCUCUGCCCUGCCCUGGUCAUAUCAGGUGCGCCCACCCCACCACCCCCCCACCCCCCCACCCCCCAUCCCCACCUCCAACUCCGAAAACCAGCUCAGCACUUUCCUCCCGUCUGCCGCCUGGGUGUUGAGCUCUGCUGUUAGACCAGCGAGGGGAGCCGCCCUGGGAGGGAGACUUCUCAGCAGCCCCCCCCUUCCCACCAAGAAGGAUUCGGUCCAUCAUAACCCAAGGUACCACCCUGGGCUGUCACCUAACUCUUUCAUUUCUUCUACAAACUCAUACACUCGUAUGAUACGUUGACACUGCUCUUAGCUCAAUGAGCAUGUUUAGACUUUAACAUAAGCUAUUUUUCUAACUACAAAGGUUUAAAUGAACAAGAGAAGCAUUCUCAUUGGAAAUUUAGCAUUGUAGUGCUUUGAGAGAGAAAGGACUCCUGGAAAAAAAAAAACCUGAGAUUUAUUAAAGAAAAAAAUGUAUUUUAUGUUAUAUAUAAAUAUAUUAUUACUUGUAAAUAUAAAGACGUUUUAUAAGCAUCAUUAUUUAUGUAUUGUGCAAUGUGUAUAAACAAGAAAAAUAAAGAAAAGAUGCACUUUGCUUUAAUAUAAAUGCAAAUAACAAAUGCCAAAUUAAAAAAAGAUAAACACGAGAUUGGUGUUUUUUUCUAUGGGUGUUAUCACCUGGCUGAAUGUUUUUCUAAAGGAGUUUAUGUUCCAUUAAACAAUUUUUAAAAUGUAUACUUGA